CUACUGUUGAGCUGUUGACGAUUCUGAGCGCUGAGCCGCUGUAGAAGCGCUGAGGAACAUACUGUGGGCUUUCUGCCGGACCUGAUAGAGGACCAUAAGCGCUUGUGCGGCGACUGGACCGGAGGAUCUGCGCUCAAACGGGGAUCAACUCCGGACAAGUUGGACUUUUUAAAACAGAGGACGUUACACGGUUUUAUCCGCUUCUGAGCUCGUUUACUUUCGCACCUUGUUCGGCAGGAAAUCAGCGGCGAAUCCAAACCCAGCAGCUCUGUGUGCAUCAGCCCGGUGUGUUUACCUUCCAAAGUAGACGGAGGGAGAAAGAGGACAAUAGCCUUUCACUCAUCAGCUCUAUUGCUGCUUUUUUCUUUCUGGAAAACGCUUCUUCUCUAUAUUUCCCUGAAGCCGUGUUGGUGCGGUGGCUCUGAGCUGCAGGUAAACGCGGACUGACCACGAUGAGCUGCAGCUGAAACUGGACGCUUCUCCACUUUUCUGUAAUGUGGCUGAGCUGCUCGGGUCGGAGCGGUAUGAGGCCGCUCACAGAGCUGCUGCUGCUGGCGGGACUCCUGCUGUUCUCCUCGGCCCUCUGCGCGCGGGCAGCGGCCAUCAACCACGGAGCAGUCAGCUCUAUGGUGAGUGGGAGAGACUUUGGGGGCGUGGCUAACUUCAGCACUUUCUUGAUGGACCAGUCGUCUGGGAUGCUCUACCUGGGGGCGAGAGAUGCAAUUGUUGCUGUGGAUACUGCCAACCUAUCAAAGAGACGCAAGAUUGAAUGGAGUGUUCCAGAGGAUAAGAGGACGGCUUGUGUGGGUAAAGGAAAGACAGUGGCCGACUGCAAUAAUUACAUUCGUCUGCUGGAGUUUCUGGGAGAUGGACGCAUCUAUGCCUGCGGGACGUAUGCCUUCGAACCCCAAUGUGCCUUUGUGAACAUCUCCACGUUCUCUCUGGAAACAUUAGAGGAUGGCAGUGUGAGGAUGGAGACUGGGAAGGGGAAAUGCCCUUUCGAGCCCAGUCAACACUAUGCUGCAGUCAUGGCAGGGGGCAUCCUGUACACUGCUGCCACCAGUAACUUCCUGGGCACGCAGUUUGACAUCUCCAGGGCAACAGGCCCUGAGCAGGAGCGCAUCCGGACGGAGCAAUCGAUUACCUGGCUCAGUGAUCCAGAGUUUGUCAGCUCUGCCUUCAUCCAAGAGGAUGCAAAGAACAACCCAACAGGAGAGGAUGAUAAGAUCUACUUCUUCUUUACAGAAGUGGCCAAAGAAUAUGACCUCUACACCAAGGUCAAAGUGCCCAGGGUGGCUCGAGUGUGUAAGUCUGAUAUUGGGGGCAUGAAGACCUUACAGAGGCGCUGGACAACAUUUCUCAAGGCCCAGCUAGUGUGUGAGGACCGAGCGAGUGGUCAGCGCUUUAAUGUUCUUAAUGAUGUCUUCACCAAACAGCACCAUCCAGGAGACCCCAGUAGCACCCACUUCUAUGGCAUUUUCACGUCACAGUGGGAGAGGGAGGAGAUAUCUGCAGUGUGUGUGUACAGUCUGAAGGAGAUCUCUAAGGUGAUGGAUGGUCCCUUUAAAGACCUGAAGAAGAGCUGUGAGACCUGGAUGAAUCCAGACCCAGUGCCCUUGCCCAGACCAGGCCAGUGUUUGAAUAAUGCUCUAAAAGCAGAGGGGUUUGAGUCAUCACUGAAGCUGCCUGAUAAAGUGCUGACGUUCAUGCGAGACCACCCUCUAAUGGAGGACAGCGUAGUAUCGGUGCCCCUGCUGAUCAGGAGUGGAGUUACGUACACCAAACUUGGUGUCACCCUGACAACUGUCUCCAAUGGCAACAUCAGGCAAAAUGCUACUGUACUGCAUCUGGGAACAGAUCGUGGUGAGCUUCACAGAGUUGCAGUAAUGGGUCAGAAUGCAACUCUUCUGCAAGAACUCCCUCUCUUUCAUGCCACAGAACCCAUCAACAACAUCCUGCUCCACAAAGAUGAGGCUCUGGUGGGUUCUCCUCUCUCUCUGGCAAAGUUACCUGCAGAAGGCUGUUCUCUAUACACUACCUGUGAAGUUUGUGCGCAAGCACGUAUGCUCGGCUGUGUGUGGAAACAAAAAGAGGGUGCCUGCGACCUAGCUGUCUCAGAACCUGAUGAGGGGUUGAAGCCUGAAGACUUGGACAGCCAGUGUGGAAGUGGUGAGGAUCGCUGCUCUCCUGCAACAACUGAGCUGCCUGUGGUAGAAGGGCUGCGUGUGCUGUUGUCCUGCGUGCAAGUGUCUCCUCGACCCUGCCACUGGCAACACCCCCCCCAUAGACACACUCGCCGCCACCACUCUGACCUGGAGGUGCGGGUCACUCAAGAGAGCCUGGGCACCUAUGUGUGUCUGUGUGAGGAAGCUGGUCGGGAUCAGCCCCCUUGCCGCAGGGCUGCGUACCACCUGACCCUUGGAGAGCCUAGCACUAGUAGCAGCGCUGCCCGAAUGGGAAACCGUCAGUUUGUGGUUGGAUAUCUGGUGUUCUUCUUUCUGGGCCUCGCCCUGCCCUGUUCUGUGUUCUAUAUAACUCGCUGGAGACGUGGCAAACGAGGGGGAGGUGGUCAUUCUUCUUCUACCUCGGAAAAGGGGCGAGACCUGUUGCCCUCCUCAGACACACCCCAGUCCCCCAGCAGCGCCAGUCUGCUCUCAGAAUCAGUGACAUUUACGGAGAAAAGAAACGGGACGUUGAAUGGACAUGGAGGCCAUGGCGGGCAUAUAGUCGGGCACAACUGCACUCACAUCUAUUCUAAUUCCAAUGGACUCAAGCUACAGGAGUCAGCGGUCAACCUGGCAGAAGAGCUGGAUGGCCAAGAGAGGGCGGGGCUGGAGGAAGAGGAGGAAGGACUGGGGGAAGGGCUUAACGAGAUGGGAGAUGGACUUGUAGGUUUGGAGGAAGAACUGGCUAAGCUGCACAUGCUAAGAGGUGCGCCAUUGGCACAGUGUGAAGAGAGCUCAAUCUGAGGACACAUUAUGGAAAUAUUAUUGCCACUGCACAAAUGCACCUACAUCACUUCCUAUAUGUUUGUGUACUAGUGUGUAGAAAGGCUGGAAGAGCAAGCAUUUCUAAUGAUCAGAUACUGUACAUACAUUACAGAUAGAAAUGCUUGGAGCCUGUGCAGACAAAUACACAAAUACUCAUCUUGUGUAUCUGGUUGUUUCUGGAAGCUCUUUUCUAUCUUUUAAGCUUGUGAACUGGUCUGUGUUCAUAUGUAUGUAGCGCUGUGUGUUUAUGAGUUUGAUAUUUCAUGGUGUGUGCAAGCUUAUGAUCAUUCCCAGCUCUCACUACCAUCUCCAAAACAUACAAACAAUCAUACAUAUGAAUAUCAUGUACUUGCUGUGUGCAUGUUCUAAUCUUACCCCAGGCCUGAGUCAUUCAAAUCAUAGCAGAUCUGGAUGCUGGAAGCCUGAAAGUGGACCAAACCAUUUGACUACUGAACACCAAAAGAGCUGCCUAGGCUGACUCAAAUAUUGUUUAUCUAAAACAAAAAUUUACUGAUGGACAGUGAAAGUGUUCAGAUUGCAGUUCGGACAGAGAUGGCAUCCCACCGCAACCACAGAUGGCACAGGCUGGACUGUAGACGUCUUAUUCCAGUGACGUGAAGAAGGACUAUCAGAAGACUCUGCUGAAGGAAGUGCCUCUGCCUAAUUCACUCAUGAAAUAAAGUAAGAGGUGUUCUCUAUCGUUCUGUUGGCACCAUGUAGCAGUUCUGCUUUGGUUGUCCAUGAAGGCAGCACAGACCAUUGAAUGAAAGGUGAAAACUGAUUGUACAUUUACUGCUGCCAAGCAAUGAGUCUGUCAGCCUCCUACUGAAGAACAUAUUACAUGAAAUGGAGAUGCUAGUUAACCGACGGUGGCUAGUGCUGAAUCAAUGAAGUUUUUUUUUAAAUGUCUUAAUUUAAUAUAACUUAAAUUAAAGGAAGGGGGUGUGGAAUGUUUUUGUAAACUCAAAUCAGAAGCGUUAACUUCUGCUUGUUUUGGUCGUCUACUAACUGACAGUUUCCACAUUAUUUAAAUGUGUAGACUGAAUGACUCAACAUGGACCACAGCAUGCUGGUUGCAACAGCACAACUCUCAGCAAGGACUCUGUCAAAAACAAUUAGUAAAGUUCAGAGCAAAAAAGGACUAUAGCAUAUGUUUCUUUUGGGAUUUUCUUUGGAAAGAGAAUGUCUUUGUCUAAGCUGCACCUGUAACCACCAAAGUAAUUGGAGGAGGAUUUUCAGAAGAGAAGUGCUUAUGUCCAAAAACAGUGAUGCGGAAGGAUAUGAUUCUAAGUGGUUAAGGCUACGUUCUUAGUGAGCGUGGUAUGUUCAGUAGCCAUAAUGAUAUCUGUUUCAAAAGUCUGUAUAUGUAUAUUUUGUUUCUCAUUGCAGUGUCCUGUUUGUUGUUCUUUUUCCAGUCAAUCCAGAAGUAGUUGUCACUUUAACAAUCUAAAUAUUUGGCUGUUGUAAAUGCAUGUCACUGCCAUUUGUCUUUGGAAAGAUGUCUGUCAUUCUUCAGUUUGUGUUUUUGUUUUUAACAUGAGGGAAAGUAGCAGUCAGAGUGAUGUAUAUAGCCUAUUUGUCUUACAGAUAUAGUCUACUCUCAGCAUUUAGUAGCAUAAACACAGGUACAUAUUUAUCAUUAAAAUUCAACUGCAAAAUCUCACUGCCCUUUUGUUACAGAUAGGCCUGUUGCAUCUGAACUGCGUGUUACACUCCCUUCGUUGUUCACUUUCAAUAAAGAAAUAUAUUGUUAAUUGAUGUACAGAUGUUAUAUUCUAAGGUUUUAUUUUUAUAAUUUAUAUAAUAAAAAUAAUUGUACAUUU